GGAUAAACAUCAAUUUUCUCGUCACCUUGCCGAAAAAAACAAGGUUGCAUUUUUGGUGCUCCGGUGAUGACUAAGCAGACUCGAUCCAAAUUUCUCUCAUAUAAUUACGCAUUAUAGACUCUUAUCCUUCACUUUACUAUCCCUUCUCUUUCUUCAUUCUGGUCCCUUCAAUUCAGAAAUAUCUUGGAAUUUCAGUGAAAUUUAGCAAUGGGCAGUGCUUCAUCGAUGUUAACUCAGUAUGACAUUGAAGAAGUUCAAGAACACUGUAAUUAUCUGUUUACUCAGCAAGAAAUAGUGUCUCUGUAUAAGAGAUUUUGCCAACUCGAUAAGAAUGCAAAGGGGUUCAUAUCAGCAGAUGAGUUUUUAUCAGUACCUGAGUUUGCAAUGAAUCCACUUUCUCAGAGGCUUCUGAAGUUGGUGGAUGGAUUGAAUUUCAAGGACUUCGUUGCAUUCUUGUCAGCUUUCAGUGCUAAAGCAACGGUGCCUCAGAAAAUUGAGCUUAUCUUCAAAAUAUACGACUCUGAUUGCAAUGGAAAGGUAACAUUUAAUGACAUAAUACAAGUGCUCCAUGAUUUGACUGGCUCAUUCAUGUCAGAUAAGCAAAGAGAGGAAGUAUUAAGCCAACUUUUGCAUGAAGCUGGUUAUACAAGGGAAUCUUAUCUUCUGUUAGAUGACUUUGUCAAGAUAUUAGACAACCCGGGUCUAAAAAUGGAGGUGGAUGUCCCGGAUGACUAGCAAAGCCCGCUCUUCUCAUCUCGUCAUUGAUAGAAGAUAAAUGGAAUUAUGGAAGAGUAUUCAGGCUUGAGGCUUCCCAUUGUAGAUGUGCACAUGUGUACCUGUAUUAGUGUUCCUCAUUUUCGUUUUUUCUUAAGAUAGGAAAAGGAAUAUCUAUACUUACAAUUGAAAAUAAGCCUUGUGUACUUGGAUAAAACUGUGCAUAUUUUUGUCUUGUGUUGUUUAUAGUCUUUUAUCAAGACAUUAUGGUGCAUACUUUUCUCAGUUUUCA